AUGUUCUUUGCAUCAAGAGAUAUUACCUUUAUAGAGCAUGAAUUCCCUUAUACACGCAAGGAGGAUAAACAACCAAACAAAGCACAAGGCCAAUUUCAUUGUGGAAUAGGUGGGACAGAUGAGGUGUUGGUGCCAUCCACUUAUUUACCAGGACAAGCAAAUGGUGAGAUGGAGACUAACCAGCGAGGUGAACUUGCGGAAGAAAGAGUCAGUGUAGAAGAAGGAACCCACAUAGACCCAAAUGCCAAUACUAGUGAACCCAUGCAUUCUUCUGACGCCACCGCAGAAAAUACAAGCGAAGACAGUCCUAACGUUAGGGGGGGUGGCAAUGUUGAGCAACAACAACACUCUGAUUCUCAUUUAGGGCGUGGGCAUCGACAGAAACAACAGUCCACAAGGUUAAGAGACUAUGUGCUUUACACCACACAGUGCUUGAGUCCCUCUCCACGUCCCUUUGCAAGCUCACUCAGCCAAUCACAUCCUGCAGGUAGUCCUUAUCCCAUAGAUAACUAUGUGAAUUGUAACAAUUUUUCUUGUCGACAUCGUGCUUUCUUGGCAGCUAUUACUGUAGGAGUUGAAUCUACUUCUUUUGCUAAGGCCGUAAAGGAUGAAAAAUGGAGGGAUGCAAUGCAAAAAGAAAUACUAGCACUUGAGAAUAAUCAGACAUGGACCUCGCAACAGCUAGAAAUUGGGAGCUUCAUCAAAUGGACGUACAUAAUGCAUUCUUGCACGGUGACAUUCAUGAGGAAGUCUACAUGUGAAUGCCUCCUGGUUUUCAGUCAGAUAAACCAGAGAUUUUGGAGAUGGAAGAAAGGAAUCCAUCCUGGUUGUUUUAUACAUUUUACGUUCAUCUCUGUUUUGGAUCCUGAAACGUCUGAGAAUUCAGAUGCAAUAGGCCGCCAAGGAUGGAGUUUUGAAGGAGGGUGCUGGUUGGAGACGUCAGGUGGGUCUGAUUUCCUGCAACCGGGGUGGUCCUCUACUUCAGCUGCUCUCUCUGAUUCUUCAUAUUUUUUCCCUACACCUGAGAUCAGUGCUGGAAGUUUGAAUCCAGUCCCACCUAGAACUGACCCAGAAGAGACAACAGGGUCGUCUUUCCUUGCAAACCAACCUCACGUUGAGACAGAAACGGAAGAUGACAUCAGGACACCAAACACAGUCAUAAGUGCCAACUCUUCAGGAAGAGCAGAAUGUUAUCCAGCUAUAGGAAGCUCCAAGUUAAAGAAAAAAUGGUGGAUUGGUCCAAGUUCAAAUCCGGGACCUUCAGUGAGAGAGAGAUUGAUUCAGGCAGUUGGAUAUAUCAGAGAGUCCACGAAAGAUAGAGAUGUCCUUAUCCAGAUAUGGGUUCCUGUAAAAAGAGGAGGUAAGCAUGUUCUUACCACAGAUGGCCAGCCGUUCUCACUGGAUCCCAACUGCCGGAGACUGGCAAAUUACAGAAACGCCUCUCUGAACUAUCAGUUCCCAGCUGAGGAGAAUUCAGAGGAGACAGUUGGGCUGCCUGGCCGUGUUUUCUUGGGGAAGGUGCCUGAGUGGACCCCCGACGUUCGGUUCUACGACAGUGAUGAGUACCCACGUAUUGAUUAUGCCCAGAGGUGUGAUGUUCGUGGGACCGUUGCUCUGCCGGUGUUCGAGCGAACCAGUCGGACUUGCUUGGGUGUAGUUGAGGUUGUGAUGACCACCCAGAAGAUCAAUUACCGCCCCGAGUUUGAAAGUGUUUGCAGAGCUCUUGAGGCUGUUGAUCUUAGGAGUUCUGAAGUUCCAAUGUCUUCCCAUUUGAAGGUAACCAGUAACUCCUACCAAGCUGCACUACCUGAGAUUCUAGAGGUUCUAAGGGUUGCCUGUGAGACACACAGUUUACCCUUGGCUCAAACCUGGGUUCCAUGCAUCCAACAGUGUAAGGGAGGAUAUCGACAUUCGGAUGAUAACUAUGCCGAUUGUGUUUCCACCAUGGAUUCUGCUUGCCAUAUGGGAGAUCCUCUAUUGUGGGGUUUUCAUGAGGCAUGCUCUGAGCACCACUUUUUUAGAGGUCAAGGUGUUGUUGGAAAAGCAUUCACAACAAACCAACUGUGUUUCUCAACUGAUGUAACUACCUUCAGCAAGACAGAAUAUCCUCUCUUGCACUAUGCUAGGAUGUUUGGUUUGCGUGCUGCAGUCGCCAUCCACCUGAGGAGUACCCGCACUGAAACCACUGACUAUGUCUUGGAGUUCUUCUUACCUGUUGAUUGUGUGGAUAUUGAGAAACAGAAGGUGAUUCUUAAUUCCUUGUUCAUCAUAGUACAACAGGUUCGCCAGAGUUUACAGGUGAUCACAGAUAAAGAGCUAGUGGAAGAAACUGAUUUCCUAGUUAGUGAAGUAACCACUCCCUCAAAUGGGACAUCUGAUAGAAAAAAAUUGUCAAAUUUCAGAUCUAUGGAAUCCAUAGGAUCUUGUAAAGAAGAAUCAUCUGAGAUUGCUUAUAUCAUGGAGUCCCAACAGAAAGAUAAAAGUGUCCCAGUGGUUUUCCAAAAGGAAGAACCAACUGUAGAGUACAAAAUCACAACAAAUGGGAAAAUGUUAUCUGAGUAUGAGCAGCAUCUCCGGGAUCCUGGGCCCAGGUAUAGUAUUGAUUGUCAUGGAAAAUCUUCUGAUUUUGGUGAAGGUACCUACUCAAGUGGUGGUAGAACAGGAGAGAAGAGACGGACUAAGACAGAGAAGAUCAUCAGCUUGCAAGUUCUUCAGCAAUACUUUGCUGGAAGCCUAAAAGAUGCUGCCAAGAGUAUCGGUGUAUGCCCCACCACACUGAAAAGGAUAUGCAGGCAACAUGGGAUCACUAGAUGGCCAUCUCGGAAGAUCAAGAAGGUGGGCCACUCAUUGAGAAAACUUAAGGUUGUAAUUGACUCAGUCCAGGGUGCAGACGGUGUCUUUCAGAUUGGCUCCUUCCACUUGAACUUCUCCGAUCCGACUUCUCCAAAUGACGAUCCAAAGUCGUUAAAAGCAACAUCUUGGGGAGCAAUAAGCUCCCUUGUUGCUCCCCCAAAAUCACCUUCCACUUCUUACACUCAGAGCUCUGUUUCAAGCCACUGUAUUUCUACUGGAAUACAACAACAUGCGCAUGCUAUCCAUCUUGCUGGUAGUGAAGAUAUUUCAGUGUCUGAAAAGGCUGGUGGUGUAUUAACGAGAUCAUGUAAUGAUGCAGAGUUGCAUGCAUCAAGUCAAGAGGAAAUAAAGCCUCUUGCAAGAUCACAUACCCAGAAAUCCCUCUGUGAGCAUCCGACUCUUGAGAACUUACCUCCAUUGCCUAGGAGUGGUUCCCAUGUUUCACAGAGUGUGGGUGCAAUUAGAGUGAAAGUUACCUAUGAAGAAGAUAAAAUACGGUUCAGUUUGCAAUCCACUUGGGGCUUUAAAGAUCUACAACAAGAGAUUGCAGAGAGAUUCAACAUUGAUGAUACCAAUAGAAUUGAGCUGAAGUAUAUGGUUAAUGAUUCCAAAUGGGUCCUAUUAACAUGUGAUGCCGACUUGGGGGACUGUAUAGACAUAUACAAGUCAUCUCGGAGUCGCACCAUUAAACUCUUUGUCCACCAGGUUUCCCACCCAAGUAUGGAAACUUCAUUAGUUCGAAGUGGGCCUUCAUGAUAGUUGUUGUACAAACUUGUAACACAUUUUAAUAAGUUCACGAUGGAUAACUUAGAGCCUGUUUGUUUCCUCUUAACUCUUAUCUCUUAAGAGGAAUCUUAUAACUUUAAGAGGAAAACGAGUGUUCGUUUCUUCUUAUCUCUUAUCUCUUGA